CUUCUGCUUCUCCUCGUUGCCAUUUCCAAGCAGGACACUGGUGUCUCCUGCUCCAUCUCCCCAUCUGUGCAACGAUAUGCCCAAGAUGCAGGCUGCGUGGCUGAUGCUGAUUUACCUGGCUGGAGGGCAGCUUGCAAGUGCCACACUCUGCAAGACGUACGGCGGCAUCCCGGGUAUCCCGGGCUCACCGGGGCAGCCCGGCAGCGACGGCAGAGACGGGGUCAACGGCCCCAAGGGAGAGAGAGGUCCUCCUGGCCAGGUGGAGCACGAGGCAGACAAGGGAGAGACGGGAGAUCCAGGAGAACCAGGCUACCCGGGGAAGGUCGGCCCUAGAGGCCCUCCAGGUCCUAUGGGAACACCAGGUCCCAUGGGACCCCCUGGCUCUAAAGGAGACUCUGGUGACUACAAAGCCACUGUCAAGUCUGCUUUCUCUGCUGCCAGGAGCAUCAGCAUGUACCCACGGCGAGAGCAGCCCAUCCGCUUCAACCGCGUCAUCACCAACGAGAAGGGUCACUACGAGAGCCGCUACGGCCGCUUCGUCUGCCACGUCCCUGGCAUCUACUACUUCACCUACCACAUCACCUCCAGGGCCAACCUCUGCCUCAAUGUGAAGAAGGGCCGUGGUGGCAGCAGGGGGGAGAAGGUGGUGACCUUCUGUGACUACGUGCAAGGAGGGUACCAGGUCACCACGGGAGGGGUGGUCCUCAGGCUGGCGGCCAACGAGUCCGUCUGGCUGGAGCCGACGGAGAAGAACUCAGUGGUGGGGAUUGAAGGCUCUGACAGCAUCUUCUCUGGCUUCCUCAUCUUCCCUGAGGUUUAGCCUGCUGAGGGUGACUCUCCCCAGCCCUCCUCCUGCUGCUGGUGCUCACAGGGCUGAGGAUUCCCCUGGAAAUGGCUCCAGAUUUGGUGCCUUCAGCCCAUUGUUGAUGCUCUUGUACA